AUGGCUUACACUCUGCUGCGUCCGUGUUAUUCGGCGCUUCAUCCCACUGCUGCUAAAUUACUAUCCCUGUUCUCUUUCUGGCCAUCUCCGUCACCGCUGCGUUCUCUAACGACGUCUUCGCGGCAGUCGCCCACCUUCCAGCGAGUGACGACGGAGGUGCAGUCGUCGCUGGACUCCCAUGGCGAGUACUGGUGGCACACGUCGGGGCUCCUCCUGAGUGCCCUCCUAGACGAGGCUGGAUACUCGACGACGGCCCAACAUCGCAUCCUGACCUUCUUCGGCCGCACCAUCGCGCCGUCGCUGGGCCCUACCUACAUCCCCGGCGCACCGCAAUGGCACAGCUUCAUGACGGACGACCACCACCCCAUCGAACUCAGCUGGGACUGGCACACCGGACACAAGUCGCCCACGGUGCGCUUCUCCGUCGAACCGGUGGGCAUCGACGCCGGCACGCCCGUCGAUCCCGACAAUCGCACGGCGGACGCAUCCUUCCGGACGGCCAUGACGGCAGCCCUACCAGACGCCCACAUGGCCUGGUUCGAGCACUUCGACCGCGAACUCACCCCGACUGCCCCCACGGGCUCCAUGGAAGGCCAUCCCUCCAAGCUGUUCUACGCCUUCGACCUCUCCGCCGACGCCAUCACCAGCAAGGCCUACUUCUUCCCGGGCUUCGUCGCCCGCGCCACCUCCCAGUCCAACCUGCAGGUCAUGAGCGACGCCAUCGCGCGGGCCCCUGGCUGCUGCAGCACUACCACGACGACCCCUGCCUCGCUAGCGGCCCUGCACACGUUCCACGACUUCGCACGCGACCCUCUCACCCCGCCGCUGGAGAUGGACAUGCUCGCCAUCGACAUGGACCCGCCCGCCCUCUCCCGCCUCAAAAUCUACUUCCGCAACCGCGCCACCGACUUCGCCUCCGUGCGCCAGAUGAUGACCCUCGGCGGCCGCAUCCCCCUGUCUUCGGACAUGGUGCGUGGGCUACAGAACCUGCGCAGACUCUGGGACGCCGUCUUCGAGCAGUCCGGCAUGCCAGACUCUCACCCGCUGGGUUCCAGCACCCACCGCACCAACGGCCUCCUCUACAACGUCGAGUUCCGCCCCGGGAGUCCAGACCUCAAGGUGAAAAUCUACAUGCCAGCUCGCCACUACGCCCGCUGCGACGACCACGUCCUCUCCGCCAUUCGCUCCUUCAUGGCCACACAGGUCGGUGCUAAUCCCUCUCCCAUGCGGGGAGGAGGAGGAGGGGGAGACUUUGCAUCGGUGAUGCGACGCAUGUGCCACCCGGACGCCUUGCAAGACCGCGGCCUGCACACGUACAUCGGAUGCUCGGUCCAGAAAGGUGGAGACCUGCGCGUGGUGUCGUAUGUGAACGGGCAAGGGCCGAAGCUUCUGGACAGCGUGUCGGCCAGUGGGAGGGCGAGGGUGUAG